CUCAUUCUCUUUUUCUGUGUUUGUGCCUAGGAUAACAUUCUCUUUCUCUCUGCCUGUCAUACGCUUUCAACAACUACCCAAACAUUCUCUUUAUCUGUGCGUAGGCUGGGGAUUGAACAAGUAUCCAAACAAUUAGCUACGAUGACAAACAAGGUCAACAUGGAGGAGAUAAUCGCCUACAACAUGAAGGCCAAGUCUUACUGCCCAUAUGAUUUGAGCGUUCUCUGUAUGCCCAUUAAUAUAUGCAGGGCAAAAGAUUUGCAAGAAGCUUGGCCGGUGCUAAAGUCUGCUUUAGAAGAGUAUGGCAUUUCAUGUGCAUUGGAUGUGGAUGAGUAUUUCAUCACAUUCACGACAACCAAGGCUAAGGACUCAUAUGCUAUUCUCGACUCUAGAUAUCUUAUUCGACUUUUGUCAGCAGGAGUUCCUCCACUUCGGGCAGUAAAAGUACUGAAUGGAAUGCCAUGCUACCUCGUCUACACUGGGUAUGUUUUCGAUGGGCUUUGCAAAAAAUUUGAUAUCAAGCGGGAUAAGUAUGUUUCUAGGAAAAAACUGCUCAUGAGUCUCCCAGUACAGGAACUUGAAAAACUGACAUGCUGUAACAUUUAUCUUUGCCCAGUGGAUGACAUGGUUGCCGUUAUGGGUCCAAUUCGAGGAAUGAAGCUAGUCAGGAAGAUUGUGGAAGACUGCAUUGUUCAUAAUAUUCCUCCGGCACCUCGUGUAAGGAGGCUUGCAAAUUACAUUCAAGCGAUUAAAGGUGUUGAGGCGUUGAGGUUAUGAUGACCAAUCUCGAAAAUGAAUGUUGGGUUCCGCUGCUCCAGUUGUGGUCGUUUAAUCCAUGAUUUUACACUACACUACAAGAUGAUCAAUUCUAUAACUAAAUAACUAGGAAUUGAUGAAUGGAUUUUGCAUCUGAGAAAUUUAUCAUCUACUUUUUGAGA